CGGCGGUCACGUGAUGCAGGAGGGGGCGUGACCAGAAGGCGGAAGUCGCCUCAGGAGCCCGGACAUGGCGGGCGUCAAAGCUCUCGUGGCCCUGUCCUUCAGCGGAGCCAUCGGGCUGACGUUCCUCAUGCUGGGCUGCGCCCUGGAAUACUACGGUGUGUACUGGCCUCUGUUUGUGUUGAUAUUUUACUUCAUCUGCCCCAUUCCCCACUUCAUUGCCAGAAGAGUGAGUGAUGACAGUGAUGCUGCCAGCAGUGCCUGCAGGGAACUGGCCUAUUUCUUCACCACAGGAAUUGUUGUCUCAGCUUUUGGAUUUCCAAUAAUCCUUGCACGAGUUGAAGCAAUCAAAUGGGGAGCCUGUGGCCUGGUGCUGGCUGGCAAUGCAGUCAUUUUCCUUACUAUUUUAGGCUUUUUCCUUGUGUUUGGGAGAGGAGAUGACUUUAGCUGGGAGCAGUGGUAGGACUUCACUCUGGUGCUGGUAAUAUUUGCUAUUUUACAGCCUUUCUCACCAUACUCUGUGUAUUUGUAUAGAUAUUAUAACAUGUGGUGCAUAAACAUGUAGCUUUAUCAGUCCAUAACGUGCUUUUUUUAUGAUGCAUUUCAGCCAAAGGGACAGUGGUGACAGUUGGCUUAAAGUAUUCAGUCAAAUCUGGAAUGACUAUUGCAAAUUUGUCCUCUAAGUUUACAAAACAAGGAGUUUUACCUGUUUUUUUCACUAUAAAUGCAUUAACUUUUGGGUUAAUUGGUAUUAACUGAUAUCACAUUGAUACAUGUGACACUGGUCAACAUUCCUGUUGGGUUUUGAACCGUGUAAUCAAAGUAGAACAAUGUAAAGAUUAUCCUAAUUGAUAUUGUUUAACUUGAUCAAUCUUUCUGCUUUGAUUCGGGAUGAGUUAAUAUUUAAUUUCACCUGAACUGUAAUUUUAUUGUUUUUUUUCUUGAUAACAUUAAAUGAAACGUAAGUUAUGCCAACUCUCUUACUACCUAAUGAAAGCAAAAGGAAAUAACCCUGGUUAAAAAUCCUUCUUUCCACUUAUGAUGUUUAUUUAAAAGAUAUUUUUCUCCCCACCAAGAUACUCUGUGUCCCUACUCAGCCUAACAGUUGGGGAUGUAUUUGGGGAAUAAUAUAUUUUAGUGCUCAGAGCUGACAUUACUUGUCUUUUGAAGGUUCACAAAAGGAGACACUGCUCUCAGGACACUUAAAAUCACAAUCUAGUGUUCAGUUCGUUAUUUUUGUGUGAAAUGCCUGAACUUCAAAGAAUUGAGUGUUCUGGGUAAGGCUUCUUCUCAUUGCUUUUAAAACAGACUUAUUCAAUUACUGUUUUUUUGUCUG